AUGCGACGAAACAAAAAUAAUAUUUCGGGAACUGGAGGAAUCAAUAAAUGGAAUGAGUGGUACCUUGUCAUUCGGUGCAGCUACAAGCAGCAUGUCAGAGAUAUAUUCUCGGGUGAAGUGUCACAUCCCAAUUCUCAUGAAAGUACUUCCGACGGCAAUUCAGAACACAAUUCAUCUGGUGAUGAGGACUCUCAGAUGCGAUUGCGUCUUAAACGGAAGCUGCAGCGCAAUCGCACUUCUUUUACAAACGAGCAAAUCGACAGUCUGGAAAAAGAAUUCGAGAGAACACAUUAUCCAGAUGUAUUUGCACGUGAAAGGCUCGCUGAAAAAAUUGGUUUACCCGAGGCACGUAUUCAGGUAUGGUUUUCAAACCGACGCGCAAAAUGGAGACGCGAAGAAAAACUACGAACUCAACGGCGCUCAGCGGACCAUAUCAGCAAUAAUGGCGGUUCUGUCGGUGGUCGGUCGAGCACCGGCAAUACGGCUGCAAUUUCCGCCGCUGCCGUGGUCAGUAAUCAAAGUGGAUCUGGGAUAAAUGGAGUUGGCAGCGUCGGAGUGGGCGGUGGUGCAGCCGCCGACAUCAAUUCCGCUAGCAACAAUGGUAGCGCCGCAGCAGGUUCAAAUGGAGGUGGAACAAGCGCUUCAGCAGCGGUGUCAAUACCAGGCACAAGUGAUGGUGGUUCAGCCAUUUCGGCACUGGGUGAUUCAGCAGCCGCAGCAGCAGUGACAGCUGUUGUGGUUGGUGGUCAUGGCAGCUCAGUUAGUCCUCCUUUACAAUCUAUUGCGCCUCGCCUUCCCCUGAACACUGGUUUCAACACGAUGUAUUCUUCGAUACCACAGCCCAUCGCUACAAUCGCAGAGAACUACAACUCUAUGACCUCGUCUUUGAGCUCAAUGACGUCAACUUGUUUACAGCAACGCGAUGGCUAUCCAUAUAUGUUUCACGAUCCACUUACGUUGGGUUCUGUGCCCUAUGCAGGUCACACACGACCAUCUUGCAAUCCUGCCGCGGCCCAUCAACAGCCCCCACCACAACAUACAUCGGUAUAUGGAGGCGGUGCAGCAAAUGCAUCUGGCGGUACAGAUAACCAUACAUUUCCAGGUGUCAUAUCGGCAGGUGUGUCUGUACCCGUGCAAAUACCCGCUCAAAGUGCUAGCGAUUUAACCAGCACUAAUUACUGGCCCCGUCUCCAGUGAUCGACACUGUUACUAACUCCG